AUGUUAUAUCAGCCCAGAACUUUAUGCCAUUAUUUUGAGGUAUGGGCGGCGGCAACCUUUAUACUGGCAGCCAAGCCAACGGCUUCUUUUUACUCUGUGGCAGUAUCAACUGUGGUCGUGGAUGAGACGUGGUGUUAUUUACAUAAUGUUUUAUCAAUUUUUGGUUUUUUUUGUUGAAACACGAUCUCAAUUUUUAAUUACUGUAAUAUGUUAUGUAUUUAUGGUAUAGUAUGUUGUACAUAAUUGUGAUGAAUAAAUAAAUAGUAUAUACAUUAACUUUUGGCAUGAACUUUCUUUCCAAUUUAAAAAUAGCAAGAACUUUCUUUACAAACUAAAAAAUAACAAGACACUUUACAAAACAAGAAAUAGCAAGAACUUUCUUUACAAAACACAAAAUGGCAAAAACUUUCUUUACAAAACAUAAAUAGCAAGAACUUUCUUUACAAUAAGAUAUGCGCCGUAAGAUCUAUUUUUGAAAUCCAAAAAGUGACAGUAAUGGGGUGUUUUGCUUUUCGUAUCAUAACAAAUAACUUUACGUUGUUUUGACAGGAAUAAACAAUACAUAUGCUAAUUACAUUUCUUCCCACUGCAAACCGACUAUUAGGGGUUAUGUGUAGGAGGAAGAUACGAACAUGUGUUGGUUCUUCUGCAAAACUUUUAAAAUUUGUGAUGGGUGGGGACGGGGUUGAAUUAAAGGCAUAGUACGGAGAAGGAGAAUCAGGAGGUCAAACUCGGGCUUAAACUAAAACCAAGGCUAAGGCUAAGGUUAAGGCUAAGGCUAAGGCUAAUGCUAAGGCUAAGGCUAAGGCUAAGGCUAUGGCUAAGGCUAAGGCUAAGGCUAAGGCUAAGGCUAAGACUAAGGCUAAGGUUAAGGCUAAGGCUAUGGUUAAGGCUAAGGCUAAGGCUAAGGCUAAGGCUAAGGCUAAGGCUAAGGCUAAAGCUAAGGCUAAGGCUAAGGCUAAGGCUAAAGUAAAGCUACACAUUUAA